UGAUGGUGGACGUCCGGGAGCGUGCUGAGAGUAUAAAGACUCACACUGUCUCUAAGCACCUGUACAGACAGACAUGUCGACAUCAACGCUCCUCCUGCUUCUGGCUCUCACUGGCGUGUGCCAUUGUUUUGUGUGUCCUAACUCCUGGACUCGAUAUGGCAACUCGUGUUAUGCCUACAUUGGGCAGCCACUUCCGUGGGUAGAAGCUACAAGCUUCUGCAGGGCAUCUGGUGGUCGCCUCGUCGAAAUCACCUCAGCCUCGGAAAACACUUUUGUUCAGAAUUUGAUCAACAGCAAGGGCGCGGGCAAGGUAUGGUUCGGAAUCAACGACAUGGUGGAAAAUGGACGCUGGGUAUUAACAUCUAAUAGAAGAGACAUUCCUUACUCCAACUGGGCACCAGGAGAGCCGAACAACUUGUAUAAUAACCAGGCCUGUGGUGCCAUCUACAGCAACGGGCAAUGGGAUGAUGAAUAUUGCAGUGUCUCGCGCACGUUUACUUUUGUCUGUGAGAAGCAGUACAAGUAACAAGAUAACAGCAGUCCACGAGGGAAUGAUUCGGUAACACAGUAGUGGCAGUGACAACCGUCUCUGGAUACUGUAGGAGGCAGAGGAUGUUUCCUGAACAUUUUACCGUUUCAUCGGAACGAUAAUAAACAAAUGCACAUUACUUGAGUA